UUUCAUCGUUUCACAGUGAGAGUCUGCGCUGUUUUUACACAAUCUAAUCAAAACGUGAAACAACAGCAUUGUGGGAGCAGCAUUUGUCUUGACGUUUCUAAGCACCACUGCUAAACAUUCCUACGGAAAUUAGGCUUACAUUUGGAUUUAUCCUAUAUUCAUUUUCUCUUCUUGUCUUCCACGGAGUGAAAUUACACCUGUUAUCCUUCAGAGCAUUUGUUGGGACUGUUUUCCCCUCCCUGUUUGCAGUCCGCAUGGAUGCGCCAGAGGGGAGCUUUGCGCUCAUAGGGGAGGGACGAGCGCAAGUCAAGUUCGGAUCGGAUCAGGAAGGAGCGCACCGGCAGAGCGAGACAGACGGCACCAGGGGAGAGACGCGUGUUUACAUGCCAUUUCACGUUAUUUCUUCCUCCCGUCGAUCGAACCGACAAAGUUCCUUCCAAAAAAAGUGAAGAGGAUCCCCAAACGACGCGGGGGAGAGAUGCAGCAGGCAGCGGGAUGGACUUUCCUGCUUCUUCUCGUGGGUUUGAUGGCGCGAGACUGCUUUUCAUCCAAGGCAGAGGACCGGCUGUUCAGGAAACUCUUCAGAAGAUAUAACCAGUUCAUCAGACCAGUGGAGAAUGUCUCUGACCCUGUCACUGUGGAGUUUGAGGUCUCCAUCUCACAGCUGGUCAAAGUUGAUGAGGUGAAUCAGAUCAUGGAAACAAAUUUAUGGCUCAGACAUAUUUGGAAUGACUACAAGCUGCGAUGGAUACCCGCAGAUUUUGACGGCAUUGAGUUCAUUAGAGUUCCGUCAAACAAGAUCUGGAGGCCUGACAUUGUGCUCUACAACAAUGCUGUAGGUGACUUCCUGGUGGAGGAUAAAACCAAGGCUCUGCUGAAGUUUGAUGGAACAAUCACAUGGAUUCCUCCAGCCAUUUUCAAAUCCUCCUGUCCCAUGGACAUUACCUACUUCCCCUUUGACUAUCAGAACUGCUCCAUGAAGUUUGGUUCCUGGACUUAUGACAAAGCCAAGAUUGACCUGGUACUUAUUGGCUCUAAGGUGAACCUGAAAGACUUCUGGGAGAGCGGUGAAUGGGAAAUCAUUGACGCUCCAGGCUACAAGCAUGAUAUCAAGUACAACUGCUGUGAAGAAAUCUACCCAGACAUCACCUACUCCUUCUACAUUCGGCGCCUGCCACUCUUCUACACCAUCAACCUCAUCAUCCCCUGCCUCCUCAUCUCUUUCCUCACAGUGCUGGUUUUCUAUCUCCCGUCAGACUGUGGAGAGAAGGUCACGCUCUGUAUCUCCGUCCUGCUCUCCCUCACUGUGUUCCUGCUCGUUAUCACGGAGACCAUCCCCUCCACGUCUCUGGUCAUCCCGCUCAUUGGAGAGUACUUGCUCUUCACAAUGAUCUUCGUCACACUCAGCAUCGUCAUCACUGUGUUCGUGCUGAAUGUACACUACCGCACGCCAAUGACCCACACUAUGCCGGGUUGGGUGCGCUCUGUGUUUCUCAAAGUGCUGCCAAGGAUUAUGCUGAUGCGGAGGCCAAUUGAUGAAGACAGCAAGACUCGGGGGUUGGACAACAGUGGGGAGGCAGGAGGAGUCGGAGGGGGAGGAGGAGGUGGAGGAGGGAAAGGAGGGAAGAAAAGAAAGAAUAGCUUGAUGCAGCAGGUUGGAGGGGGCUCCCUCAACUGUCUGGACUUUGGGGACAAUAAGCUAUCGUCCUUGGAGGGGUGCACUGGGAAGAAAUGCCCUUGCCCCUGCCAGCAUGGGAAGGAGACCCCAGAAACACCUGAUAUGGGGAAGGCGUCACGUCAACUGAGUCCACAGAGCAUCAAUACUGUGGUGGCCUUUUCUGUGGUGUCACCUGAGAUCAAACAGGCCAUCGAGAGCGUCAAGUACAUCGCUGAGAACAUGAGGAGUCGCAACAAGGCCAAAGAGGUGGAGGAUGACUGGAAGUAUGUUGCCAUGGUGAUCGAUAGAAUCUUCCUUUGGGUGUUUGUGACUGUGUGCGUCCUGGGAACCAUAGGCCUUUUCCUCCAGCCUCUUUGUGGCUUUGUCUCAUAACUGCUGGUCGAUUGGGGUUCACCGCCACCCUGUGUCCACCAUUCCUGAACAAAUGACCAACUCUCAGUUCUCAGUUGACCAAUCACAAGACAGAGUUUGAGUCCUGAAGCACUGUUUGGUGUGCUGGCUUUGCUUUUAGUCUUUUGCAGAGAUUAGUAGUCAAAAAUUUCGAAGGUAAGAAAAUUUUAAAAUUGUGCAAUAGAUACAAAGAUUUUAUUACCUUCAUUUAAUGACUUUUAAGGCUCCUUAUUUUGCCUAAAAAUCAUUGCCAUAGAACCUACAUAAACUUCCUACAACCUGUGUUCUUUCAGCUUUCCUGACCAUUUGAACAAGUAUAAGAAAAUAAAUUUUAUUUUGAUGUAUCUAGUUCACAGGAAUUAAAAGUAUCCUGUUAGGUUUGUCACGGUAAAGUCUAAUUGUUGGAAGUACUCAGAUCAUUUAUUUUAGUAAAAGUACCAAUACCAGAGUAAACUACAAGUAAAAAUCCAUUAAGGAAAUUGUUGUCAAAAUUGUUAUUAAAGUGAUGUACACACAUCACUUUCAUAUUGCAGCAGGGCUAAUAUUUUAUAUUUCAUUUACAUUUUAAAUGCAUAAUAUUUAUUAUAUUGUGGGGUAUUUCUCCCUGUGGAUCAAUAAAGUCUUGAUAUAACACUGUCCUAAUUUACUCUUUCAUUAUAUUUUGUAUUAUGUAAAUCUGAAUCCGAAAAGUAACUUGAAGCAUCAUCAUAUCAUAUCAUCAUACAAAUGUAGAGGAGUAAAAAAAUACAAUAUUUCCCUCUGAACUGCAGUGGAGCAGAAAUAUAAAGCAGAAGAAAGUGGAAUACAAAUACCUCAAAAUUGAUAGAAAUAACAAAUUGAAUAAAAUACUUGUAUGUACUGACUUUCCAGCACUCUGAGUUACAGCAGCCUGGCCACCACAAAGCACUGUUGUGGUUUGCUUUUUAGUUCUGUUGUAUAGCUGCUACAAAUUCAACAUGUUGUUCUCAUGGAACUAUGGCAUAAUAAUUGCUUAUAAAUCAUUAAGAAUUCAGAUUCAGGCUUAAUUUCAAACAAAUAUAUCCUUACCGCAUUUUACAAUGUUGAUUCCUGAAUGGUUUGAAAUAGGUAUUCUUGACUGGGAACAAAACUUGGCACAUCCAGUAGUCCUUCAGGACUGGACCUUUAGAAUUCAACAGAUGUUAACCAACUGGGAACAAGUAUGCAUGACACAUAAACUCCAUCAUACUGGACUCAGCGACGCAGCAGCCAGUUAACUCUCCCCACACUGAAGAGGUUGAUGACUGUCAUACCCCUCCCCAGUCUGAGUCAUCAAGCUGCUCACUGUCAGAGGCAAUUGUUCUCACUGCUUUUUGUGUCAUUUCCAAUUAGAGUUCAGAUUUCUGGCGCACUUGGCAGCUCUUUUAACAAAUAAGGGCAGACUUAUUUCUUUUUUCUUUUUUUUCUUUUUGUAAUUAGACUCCAUGUGUUUAUAAAUGUUCUCUUUGAUUAAUGUUCCACAAGGUAAUUGGUUGGCCUGGUAAAUAUUGGAUUAAAUGGUACUUGAUUAGUUGCUCCUGAAAUAGCAUUGCAUUUAUUAAUUCAUGAGAGGGUUUUAUCAUCCAAUUCCAUGCCUAUUAGUUUAAUCUUUAUUUCUCGUCACUUUUGAUUAAGUUUAAUUUUAAGAGCAAACAUGCAGUGCAAGAAACAUGCAUGACAGAAAUUUUGAUUGCUUCAACCACAACCAUAUUGCUCUCAGAUUACAACACUGUAAGGAUAUCGCUUCCUUUGUUUAAUCUAAUUUAUCUGUAACUCUUUUGGUUAUAUGAUGCAUCAGAAAUGCACAACUCAUGCUGAAGUUAGCAAACAUGUUUGUAUAAAUGAUCUUUGCCUUUCUUUUGUCUUACUGUCUUUGAACU